AUGGGAUGUGCAACUUCUAUGGCAGCAGCAAACCGAUCAGUUGUUUCAACGACAGGGUCAAACCUUUUGACAAAUAAACAGCGAGAUAUCAUCAAGAAAACAUGGAAAGUGAUGUGUUCCAAUAUCACUGGACACGGCAUAAAGGUUUUUCUCCGCAUAUUUCAACUCCAUCCGCACGUCAAACAGUUGUUUCCUUGUAGAGACGUUGAAGGGGAAGACCUCUUACGUGAUUCCAACUUUAAGGGACAUGCCUCAAGAUUUAUGCAGGCUGUCGGAGCGGCAGUCGAAAACAUUGAUGACAUAGAAGCAGCACUCACGCCAUUACUAACUGGCCUUGGAAAGCGGCAAAUACAGUAUACAGGUUUUAAGAACGAAUAUUUCGACGCAUUUACAGAGGCCAUGAUGUAUGCAUGGCAUGAGGAAUUGAAAGGACAGUUUUCCGGUGAAACAAGCCUGGCAUGGGCGACAGUAUUUGAAUUCAUAAUGCACAAACUGAAGGAAGGACACGCGGCGGCAUUAGCUAACAGGGAUAAGGUUCAACAGAAUUUAGUAUCCAAUGAUCAGAUCGCAUCGAAGUGA